AUGAACUACAACUUACUGAAGAUUGAUGACCUAAAAGAGCUACUCCGUGAACGUGGCUUAUCAGUUACUGGUAGGAAACAGCAACUUAUUGAUGCAUUAUUAGAGUACGAUGCUAAAUUGGAAGCACUAAACAACGAUCCCAUCGAUAUAAUAGAAGAAAGCAGUAUGGAGAAAGAGUGUUCAGUAGUACCUAGUAUAGAUAAUAGUCACAUUGAAUCUAAUAAAAGUGAGGCAAAGGUGUCUAUGUAUUCAAUUCAAUCACUUUCGGAGCAAGAACGUAUUGAAUUAAGAAAACAAAAAUUUGGUACAACACUAACUAUGGAAUCAGAACCUGAAAGACGUUUAGCACGGCUUAAACGAUUUGGCACAAAUAUUGAAGACGAUAAAAAGUUAUUAAGAGCUGCUCGCUUUGGAAUUAGAACAGAACUAGAUAAAAUAGAACAUCGAAAGAAAAGAUUCGGUAGUACAUCAAAUAUAACAGAUAUUGAUCACAAAAAAAAGAUUGAAGCUAGGAAAUUACGCUUUGGACUAAGGUGA